UAAUAAGUCAAGCAGAAACAACUUCCUGGUUAGCAAACAUGGCGGGUAUGUGGACACUGACUGCCAGCGUGAUGUUGUCAGCCUGUUGGAUAAAGCUUGUAACAGGUACAUGCCCCCUAGGACAGUUUGGUGAUUCCUGCACCUACCCCUGUCACUGUGGAGAUUCCUGUGACCAGACAACAGGAGCUUGUGGAGGAGACUGUGAUGCUGGUUGGGUUGGAGGAGAAAGAACUAACUGCCAGAAAGAAAACGUUGCCUACAGAAGACAUGCCUACUCCCCAACUCCCCUUUACAACACUGCGUGGUCUGCAGACAAAGUGGUAGAUGGGAACCGGGCUCAGAGUGUGUGGAGUGGAUCCUGUUUCAACUCUGCUGACAACGUAUGGAGCUUGUGGACAGUGGACCUUGGACAGCAGUACAGACUACAUGACGUCAGGAUUUACCAUCCACUUCAGAAUCCAGAUAGAAUCCUUCCCAUUGUACUCUACCUGAGUAACACCAGCACCUCACUCGGCGUCCCAUGCUACACCUUCCCCUCCGACACCGAUGUCACAGGCAACAGCAUCUACAACGUUACAUGCGAUGACAGAGGGCGAUACUUCACCAUCACUAACACCACAUUCCUCAGUCUUUGUGAAGUCGAAAUAUAUGUUUGCAGUCCACGUCUGUAUGGCCAAAACUGUAAUCAAUCCUGUCACUGUGCUGAAGAGGUCUGUCACCCUGUCAGUGGGGUGUGUCCUGGAGACUGUAGACCAGGAUGGCAGGGAGACAGGUGUGAUACAGAAUGUGAAGCUGAUCACUAUGGAGUCAACUGUGUGAACAUAUGUAGUGACAGGAAGUGUUCUUAUGUCAACUCGUUAUGUGAUCGAUACACUGGGUCAUGUGACACGGCAUGUCUCGCUGGUUGGAGAGGAGUGGACUGUACAGAAGAAUGUAACAACGGUACCUUUGGGCAGAACUGCAGUAAGACUUGCUCAAAAAGGAAAUGUGAAGGCGAUUCGCCGUGUGACCAUGUUAUCGGAAAAUGCAUUUCUGCAUGCGUAUCUGGAUGGAUGGGUGAAGAUUGCAAUGAGGCCUGUGACAGCCAGCACUACGGGCCUAACUGUAUCAAGACGUGCGCCUCCCGACACUGUGUGGGCAAUUCUUCCUGUAACUCAGCAGGGCACUGUGACUGUGGGUGUGAGACAGGGUGGACAGGAGCGGACUGUACAGAAGGAGCAAGGUCUGUACAAGCCGCCGGAUCUAACCCUAGCCAGUUGGCUGUCGCAGUGGUUCUUGCAUUCGUGGCUGGUGUUGCAGUAGGUGUCAUCGUCAGUGCUAUUGUCUGGAGGAGAAGGAAUAGACGCCUACACAAGACAUCGCGCACAACCAAUGUACCCAACGCUCAAACUGAAAGAUCACAGACCAGUGAUGACGUUGGCUCAGGAAUUAGAACAUACGACGGCCUCGGUGCAGUCUCAUAUGACGCCAAAAUGCAAGGAGGGACUUAUUCCACCAUUAAGUCUGAAAAAACAGAUUUAGGAACUGGUGCCAAUGUUCUGACAUGUGACGUGUCCGACACUAUCGGAACAGGGACGUAUGAAACCCUUGACGACACGUCACGUGGAACGGAUGGUGAAUACAGUGAGAUAGGGAAACCUAAGUGACUUUCUAGUGACAAACUGACUGUUUAAAUAAAAUGAUAUAUGGGUACUCUAAGAUAUAUUUCUGUUUUUGUGGGUUUAAAAUUCAGUUUUUGCUGAAUAUGUAAAACCUAUUUCAAGUUAUAUGCUUAGACAAAAGUAAUACCAGUGUUACAUAUUUUUUCAGGCAUGUCAAAUACCUCAUGCUAUGCUGAUAGGAAAAAGUCAAAAGUUAUUAUAUCAUAAAUUACCUCCUAUUGUGACAAGGGAAGCUUUGUUGAUAAGUAAUAAAGUUCAUAUUGAAUUAUCGCCGUUUGUUACCAGGGGCGCAUUAAAAUUGUCUAGCAAUUAUUAUCUCCCUUUGGCGCUACAGAUUUACAAACAUAUUUGUGCAUUCUUUUUGUUUAUUUGUAUUUAGGUUGUUGUAUUUUCUUAUCAACUUAUUUUGUAUAUGAUACUCGGCUAUGUUGUGCAUACUACGCAAACCACUUUUCACAUUUUGUAAACCUAGGUAAACCCAGAGUAGUAGCAUGAGUAAUGGGUCAUUCUAUACGUAGCCUCCAGCCCUGCUUGUAAUCUCUAUGCUGUAGGAGCUUUUGGUGUCAUUAAUAUUUCAUGACUAUGAUAGUUAUAUGUUUGUUAUUGUGUUUUCACACACCGUUUCAACAUCAUUAGACCGGUUCACCGGCCAAGCCGUAGUCACAACAUAAGAGUAUCUAAUUUUAUUAACCUACCUGUCAUGUUAUUCAUUUAUUGAAUCUAUCAUAAUUUAACAAUGUCUGAAAUAUAUAUUCUAUUUCAAAUUAUUAUUUUUUAUCGAUAAAUAUAAUACUCUAUUUCCCCCACACGUUUCUGAAAAAAUAUUCUCGGACACACACUUCGACAACGGGUCCACAUCGAACAUGUCAAAGAGUAAAAUAAGGACGUUUGCAGCAAAUAUUUUAAUAUAUUAUACAAAGUAACAAACACACGAGGACGGUACUAUCGCUAUAAUUUGACUGACAACGAACAUUGUAGCACAUUUCGCCAAGAAAUAAUUAUCCAAUAAAAUCGGAUGUUACAGCUACGUAAAGCCUUGGGUUACUAUCGUGUAGAUGAAAAAUAAGCUUUCUAAUGAUGUGUCACAUGGCAGUCUUCGACGCACGUGUUAUUCAUACGAAGUUACGGAAACGGAGGUAUUUCUUCAUGUUAUUGUUAUCUGGACGUUAUGAAUGUGUUAGUUUACAUUUUUUGUUGCAACAUUGUUUGAAUAAUGUGAUAAACAUAACUUCCUAUUUAUAAACAGUAGUAGGAUUCAGACCUUUCAAAUGGUGUAUGACAUGUAGUAGCAAAGAUGUUUUACAAGGAGAUAUUUUCCUUGAUAAAUGUUGGUUUCAUCUGUCACACAAGAAUCUCUGGGAGCUCGGUGUCAAAGCAGUAAAAGUUUCUGGUUUACUGGUGUUGAAAGAGUUAAUGUCACACCGGUGAUUUUUGUACUUGAGUUAUUUCUAUAAACUAUGUGUUUUGAAAACAUGUGACGACCAGUUAGUCUAGAAAUAUUUUAAAACCAUUACCAUACUUAUUGUAAAAUAUAUCACUCAUAGAUUGUAUAACUGAACAUAGAUAACUCUAACCUUUUUUUUUAUUUAUUGCUUUUUGUGUAGUUAAACAUCUUGUAAUUAUAUACGAUCACUUGCACUACC